AUGUGCCACUUUCAGGUCUCCUCACACUGCUGGUGGGUUCCAUUUUGUCAUAGGGUGCUGGCAGAUUACGGGCCUCCCAUUGCUGCUGCCAGGCCCGUAAUCUGCCAUGGGCCCCUGUACCGCCUCCUCAUGCUGCUGCCAGGUCCAGAGUGUGUCAUGGGUCCCUGUACGGCCUCCCAUUGCUGCUGUCUCCAUCGCCACACUCUGCCAUGUGCCACUUUCAGGUCUCCUCACACUGCUGGUGGGUUCCAUUUUGUCAUAGGGUGCUGGCAGAUUACGGGCCUCCCCCAUUGCUGCUGCCAGGCCCGUAAUCUGCCAUGGGCCCCCGUACCGCCCUCA